AUGCAGAGCUGUGCCAAGUCUUGGGGAAUCAUCCUCGCCAAGGCGGCGAACCCCCAUGCACCUUGCAGACAUCUGUGUGGCAAAAGCCGCGUAGUUGAGAAACUUCAUUGUAGGAUCCGGAACCGCGGCGAGGUAUCCUCAACAGUCCGGAGUCUGCGGACGUCUGCAGCCUUCUCUUCCAGACAAAUAGAGAGAAUAAUGCCUAGACAUGACGAUUUUGCCGAGAGACACAUUGGUCCAGGUGAGAGGGAGAAGAGAGAAAUGUUGGAUGCUCUCGGAGUCGAGUCGAUAGCCCAGUUGAUCGAAGACACAGUUCCAUCCUCCAUCCGCAUUCAAAGAAGUAUGAAAAUGGACGAUCCAGUCUGUGAGAAUGAGAUUCUGGAGUCUCUCCAAAAGAUUGCAUCAAAGAACAAGCUGUGGAGGUCCUACAUUGGCAUGGGCUACUACAACUGCUCUGUCCCGCCACCCAUUCAGCGAAAUCUCCUGGAGAACUCUGGCUGGGUGACUCAGUACACGCCCUACCAACCUGAGGUCUCUCAAGGCCGCCUGGAGUCCCUGCUCAACUACCAGACCAUGAUCUGUGAUAUUACCGGCAUGGCUGUGGCCAACGCCUCCCUGCUGGAUGAGGGCACCGCUGCUGCUGAGGCCAUGCAGCUCUGCCACAGACAGAACAAGAGAAGGACCUUCUACAUUGACCCGCGCUGCCAUCCGCAGUCCAUUGCCGUGGUGCAGACCAGAGCCAACUACAUUGGGGUGAAGACUGAGCUGAAACUGCCUCAUGAGAUGGACUUCAGCGGCAAGAAUGUCAGCGGCGUUCUCUUCCAGUACCCUGACACCGACGGCAGGGUGGAGGACUUCACUGCUCUGGUGGACCGGGCGCACAAGGGAGGGGCCCUGGCUUGCUGUGCCACUGAUUUGCUGGCUCUGUGUGUGCUGCGGCCCCCCGGUGAAUUUGGGGUGGACAUCGCCCUGGGCAGCUCCCAGAGGUUUGGCGUACCCCUCUGCUAUGGUGGACCCCACGCCGCCUUCUUCUCGGUGAGAGAGAACCUGGUCCGAAUGAUGCCUGGCAGAAUGGUGGGAGUCACCAGGGAUGCCGCUGGUAAGGAAGUGUACCGGCUGGCUCUGCAGACCAGAGAGCAGCACAUCCGCAGGGAUAAAGCCACAAGCAACAUUUGCACGGCCCAGGCUCUGCUAGCCAACAUGGCCGCCAUGUAUGCGCUGUACCACGGUCCGCAGGGCCUGAAACACAUCGCGGAGAGGACUCACAACGCAGCUCUGAUCCUCGCUGAAGGUUUGAAGAGGGCCGGCCACAGGCUGCACAGUGAGAUGUUCUUUGACACGCUGAAGGUUCACUGCAGCGUGGCCGCCAAGGACAUCCUGGAGAGGGCCGUUCAGAGGCAGAUCAACCUGCGGGUCUACACCGAGGGAGUGCUGGGCGUGUCUCUGGACGAGACGGUGACCGAGAGGGACCUGGACGACCUCCUCUGGGUCUUCGGCUGCGAGUCUUCAGCGGAGCUGAUCGCAGAGAAGAUGGGCGAGAGGGUGAAAGGGAUCAUGGGAAGUCCCUUCAAGAGGACGAGCAAGUACCUCAGUCACCAGGUGUUCAACAGCUACCAUUCUGAGACCAACAUUGUGCGCUACAUGAAGCGUCUGGAGAACAAGGACAUCUCCUUGGUGCACAGCAUGAUCCCACUGGGCUCCUGCACCAUGAAACUCAACAGCUCCUCAGAGCUCAUGCCCAUCACCUGGAAGGAGUUUGCCAACAUCCACCCAUUCGUGCCUCUAGACCAGGCCAAAGGCUACCAUCAGCUUUUCAAGCAGCUGGAGAAAGACCUAUGUGAGGUGACAGGCUAUGACAAGAUUUCCUUCCAGCCCAACAGCGGAGCUCAAGGGGAAUACGCGGGCCUGGCAGCCAUAAAGGCCUUCCUCAACUCAAAGGGAGAGGUUCAGAGAACUGUCUGUCUCAUCCCCAAGUCAGCCCACGGCACCAACCCAGCCAGCGCUCAGAUGGCUGGCAUGAAGGUGCAGGUGGUGGAGGUAGACAAGGACGGCAACAUCGACCUGGCGCACCUGAAAGCCCUGGUGGAUAAACACAAGGGAAGCCUGGCGGCCAUCAUGAUCACCUACCCCUCCACCUUUGGUGUGUUUGAGGAGAACAUAAGAGAUGUGUGCGACCUCAUCCACCAGAAUGGCGGCCAGGUUUACCUGGAUGGAGCCAACAUGAACGCCCAGGUGGGCUUGUGUCGGCCAGGGGACUACGGCUCUGACGUCUCUCACCUAAACCUCCACAAGACCUUCUGUAUCCCCCACGGUGGAGGGGGACCCGGCAUGGGGCCCAUUGGAGUGAAGGCACAUCUGGCCCCGUUCCUGCCCAGUCACCCAGUGGUCCAUAUGCAGUCGGUCAACACCAGCAGCUCGCUGGGUACCAUCAGUGCUGCUCCCUGGGGCUCCAGCGCCAUUCUACCCAUCUCCUGGGCCUACAUCAAGAUGAUGGGCUCCAAGGGGCUGAUCCACGCUACGGAGAUGGCCAUCCUAAAUGCCAACUACAUGGCCAAGAGGCUGGAGAACCACUACAAGAUCCUCUUCAAGGGCAGGAAAGGUUUUGUGGCUCAUGAGUUUAUUCUGGAUGUGAGGCCAUUCAAGAAGACGGCCAACAUCGAGGCGGUUGACGUGGCCAAAAGACUUCAGGAUUAUGGUUUCCACGCCCCGACCAUGUCAUGGCCUGUGUCGGGAACCCUGAUGAUCGAACCUACGGAGUCGGAGGACAAGUCUGAGAUGGACCGCUUCUGCGACGCCCUUAUGGGCAUCCGACAGGAAAUCGCAGAUAUUGAGGAGGGCCGGAUGGACUCCCGCAUCAACCCACUCAAGAUGGCCCCUCAUUCCCUGGCUUGCAUUUCCUCUUCCACCUGGGACAGACCCUACUCUAGGGAGUACGCUGCCUUCCCUCUGCCGUUCAUAAGACCCGAGACCAAGUUCUGGCCCAGCAUCUCCAGGAUCGACGACAUCUACGGCGACCAGCACCUGGUGUGCACUUGCCCACCAAUGGAGGCCUACGAGUCCCCGUACGAGGAGAAAAGGGCAUCCUCGUAGACAUUCCUCCCUGAGAAGCACCCAGUUAUCCGGGUGACCGGAGGGCUGGGGUGAGACAGGGGGCCUGUUCCCCCUUCUCGAACUUAUACCAUUGGUCCAAAGGUUGCAGCUUUUGCAGCAAAAUGAAGCGCAUCCCAGUGUCACCGAGGCUUCCUCGCGUGAAGCUCUCCAGCGCACCUCUGAAACGCUCUGAAAAUCCCACAAAAACCUGCGUCAGUUUUAUAAAUUUCAGUCUCCAUCAUCAGUCCCUCGCGAAUAUCCUCGGUGUGUGUGUGCUCUGUUUUGUGUCGUGUAAAAUAGUUGUCUUGACUUCUUGUCUUUUUCCCCUCUUUCUUACAUAUCAGAUUGGACUGAUGAAACUUAGAUGUCAAGUUAACUUGUAGUUUUUUUUAUUAUUUGUAUCCAUCGUAUGAAAAUGUUCUAAUGUGUGUUGUGACAUUCAUCAGCCAAGUUGAUCAAUAUAGUCCUAAUGGUAUUAAUUUUUAAUUAACUGUUUUUCUAAUCUUAAUGUUUUCAGUCUAUGGGGGUAUGGCUGUAUUAAAACUUUUU